UAACAUCACCUGUUUUUUUCUUCACCUUUAUUUUAUUUUCUUUUUAAAGAAUUUUAACGAGAGAAAAAAAAGAAAAUGAAAAAAGAUAAAAACAAUAGCCAAUUAAUUACUCAUAUAGUGCGAGAAUUUCAAGAAACGCUUUAAACCGAAGUUUUAUCUUCUUCCUCAGCAAGCAGCUGCAUGCUCAAUUCACCAUUGUCGAAGGCGGAAGCUUGAGAUGCCUCCUACGGCGCUCCUCCACCGGUCACCACCUCCGCCGCCGUGCCUCGUUGCUUCCAACACUUGGCUAAAUUUGCUAUCUUUGGAAUGCCCCAACACUUACUUGCCCUACUCUGCUGAAUUAGUCUCAGGAAUUCCGUUAAAGAGUAAUGGGUUUCGAUGUUUUUCUCACCCCCCUUUAUCCAAGCCAACAGCAGUCGAUAUGGAUGUGGAGAAAACUGAUUCAGCUAAACUGAAGCCAAAAAUUGAGGCCCUCGGAGUAAAGUUCGAAUCUUGCACACCUGGCCAGUUUGAUCUCUUGUAUUGUCCUAAGUGCAAAGGGGGGCGGUCGAUUCAGAGGACGCUGUCGUUUCACAUCAGCCAAAGUUGGAGUUAUGCGAUAUGGAGGUGUUUUGAUCUACAAUGUGGAUGGGCCGGCCAGGUCUUUGCAGACAACAAUAAGGAAAAUCCUCGUGUCAGCCGGGAAAAUCUGAGGCUUGAGCCUUUGGAUAAUGAGUUGCUUGGAUACUUUGCUGAAAGAAUGAUAUCAAAGGAAACACUGCAGAGGAAUAAUGUCAUGCAAGUUGUUGGUGGAAAGAAAAUCAUUGCUUUUCCUUACAGACGAAAUGGACAGCAUGUUGGCUGCAAAUACCGGACACUUGAUAAAAGGUUCUGGCAGGGGAGAAAUACGGAGAAGAUGUUAUAUGGGAUCGAUGACAUUGUGGACGCAGAUGAGAUCAUUAUUGUUGAAGGCGAAAUAGACAAGCUAUCAAUCGAAGAAGCUGGUUAUUGCAACUGUGUCAGUGUCCCUGGCGGUGCACCACAGACAGUUUCAGUCAAUCGAAUACCAUCAAAAGAAAAGGACACUGCCUUUCAAUACUUGUGGAACUGCAUAGACUAUUUCGAAAAGGCGUCUCGUAUAAUCCUGGCAACUGAUGGCGAUGCACCUGGCCAAGCCUUAGCUGAAGAGCUUGCUCGUCGUCUUGGGAAAGAAAGAUGCUGGCGUGUGCAUUGGCAGAGGAAAGAUGAGAGCAGCUCGUUCAAAGAUGCAAACGAGGUUCUAAAGAGUCUUGGUGCAGAUGCUCUAAGAGCUGCAAUUGACAAAGCAGAGUUAUAUUAGAUGCUUAAUUUAGAGUAAUCAGGUGUAGCUGUUUGACGAACUUGUGCAAGCUAGAUUUUGAUUAUUUAUAAGGGGAUCUAGAUUUUGAUUGUUUGAGGAUGAUUUGUUCUAAAAAUAUUCAAUUGGUAAUUCAAUUUGACUACAUUGGCAA